UCAGCAGUAGAAGACUCAGUACUCUCGCCAGUAGCCAGUACUAGUCCAGUCUAGCUGGGUCUAGCUGGGUCUAGCGGCUGAAUCCAGAUCAUGGCGGCCCGCUCCAGUCUAGACUCAGUGCUCAGUCAGUAGCAGACCAGACGGCAACAACCAGCAUACUCCAGCACAAGGCACAUCCUGAUUCCUGCCCCCCUCCCAUACUCCAUACUCCAAACACACUACAGAGCAACGGCCGACCUUCCCUGCGAUCGAUAUUAAUCCACUGUCGUCAUCGCAGCUGCACAACCGGCAAGGGAUUACAGUGUACGACAGUGACACACAAUUCCACGCACCUGUCACAAGCCGCAGCACGGUCAUUCUCCCCUGUCGCUCUGACCACACAACACCUCUGCGACCACCCAGUGACAUCGACCCAUCAUUGGGCCUUACAGGCUCUCACGUCACUCAGCCUUGACGUAUAAUUAUCAUGGACAGCCAGGGGCAUCUGCGCACACUCGCCGUUCCGGCGGCGAUCGUCAGUUUACAAGGCGAUCAUCAUGAUGUUUUACGCUCCAACGACCUGUUUGCUCAAGCAGACUGCGAAGCGGAUCUCGGUGCUCUUCAACCCUUCAUCAAAGCAGCAACACCUUCAAUCCGCAUCGUUCAACUAGCCGCUGUGCGGGAAUACACUCUAUCACCCUGCGACACACCAGACACCAUUCUCUUACAGCUCAUCAAGCAUGAACCACUCCCAAUCACAGGCGACCCAGAAGCCAAGCGGCGACUAUGUCUCCGCAAGGCCAAGAACCGUUCAGAGGAAGAUCAUGCCCAUGCGCUCCGUGUAUUCGAAUUUGCCUCGCAACAAGAUCGUCUUGGACCCAUUCAAACGUGGCCUGAUGCACUGUGGCGGGCGCUGUACAGUAUGUUUGACUGUUAUACCGCAAGUGGUAUCGAAUGGGGUCAUGACUUUCGGCUUCUCUAUAAUUACCAAUACCGCAUCAUUGCAGGCGCUCGACACCCAGACGCACUAGGUCUACCCAUGCGACAUGAAAAAUGCUGGGGAGAUAUAUGGACAGCGUUGCAACCACAAAUGCAAUCCGUCAUGUGCGGUAACGCUGCAAGUAAUCAGGAUGUCCAAUUCAUGAUUGACGAUGCUGAAACAGGUCGGCCACUGGAGCGAUACUUUGAUUAUGGCUUCACACCGAUUGAUGACGAUCAUGGCAAUAGUCUCGGUAUCUUGAGUACCGGAACAGAACGCACCGAGCAAGUCUUUAAUGAUCGUUGCUUUGGUGUUGCCAUGUCUGCUAUUGUCAAAGAAGUCACCUACAAGACAAAACCCUCGGAAUUCUACUCCAGCAUGGCCAAGGGUCUUCAAGCAAACCCUCAAGACUUGCCUGUUGUCUUGGUUUACAGUGUGCAGGAUUCAUUUGCCAGUUUAACAGUCAAAAUUGCAAACUUGGCAGACAAAUCGCGGCCCUUGCCUGAACGACACUGCAUGGGUGGUCUUUCAGAACAUGUCAUUGGUCGUUUGUUGAAUGAAGUGAAUAGCCAGCGAAGGCCCAUUGAAACAAGCGAUUCAUUCCUGCAUAACCUCAUCAUUGCAGACAAUCAACGUUGUCAACGCGCCAUUCUAUUCCCCAUUGCCUCAGAUGUCACGGGAAAAUUAUUGGCAGCUGUGUUUAUUGGCUUGAAUCCGCAUCGUCGCUUGCAAGGCAGUUAUCGAGCAUACUUGGAUAUGCUCAUUGGUCAUCUUGGUUCCGGCAUUCGGAAUAUGAAUCACAUGAAGGCACAACUCAUGCAUCAUGAAGAUGUGGCAACCCUCAACCAAGCACGCAGUUCAGAACUUCAAGCAAAACUAGAGGAACGCAGCAAAGAAUUGUUUGACGCAGAGAUGCGAUUCAGUAAUAUGGCUGAAUAUUCACCCGCAGGCAUCUUCCUCAUCAGUCCACAAGGAUCCGUCAUUUUCUGUAAUGAUGCAGCAUGGACGCUUGCUGGUGCGCAAAAGCCAGAUUUCGAAGUGAUUGACUCGUUACUGCAAGAUGCUCGUACCUGGGCACACGAGGAUAAUGUUGAAUAUUACAAAGCCGAACUAGCCAUCAUGUUUACGGAACUGAGACCCGUUGCGUUCACCUACAGAGCUGCAAUGGACUGGCCGGAUGGUCGCGCUCGAUGGUUGCGUGUCACAACCCGCGUCGAACUCAAUAGUGACGGCACGCCACGUCUGUUCCAUGGCUUCUGUAUGGAUGUAUCACACGUCAAGCAACUUGAAGAACUCACCAAUAAGCAUAUGGCGGAUGCAGCGGAGAGUAAACGUCAACAAGAAGCAUUCAUUGACAUGGCAUCUCAUGAAAUUCGCAAUCCCUUAUCAGCCAUUGGUCAAACUGCAGAACUCGUCACCUCUGGCUUACGGAAAGCACUGCGCAUGCAAUCCGUUGAAGAGAUCCGUACGGCUCUUUCUGAGGCUCUCGAUAUGAUUGUCAAUGUCGAUUUACUUGCACGGCAUAUGCGAUGCAUUGCAGAUGACAUGAUUGCCGUAUCGAAAAUCAACAGUGAUUUGCUUCGUGUUCGACCCACAGCGAUUGUGGUGACGGAUUACUUACAGCAAGUACUGGGUAUGUUUGCAGCAGAGGCCAAGGCUCAAAAUAUCCGCGUGACACUGGUUGCGGACAAGGAGUCGGUGGUGGAGGGGGAGACGCGAUGUUUGAUUGAUCCUGCGCGUGUUUCACAAGUGCUCAUCAAUCUCAUUACCAGUGCCAUUAAGCACAUGUCACGCAAUGUGGCAGCGGGCGAGAAGCAAAAAGCGGUGGAUGUCUCUGUUCGUCUCUCGUCAGAAGCACCCUUCCCAGCCGAUCUGUAUGGCGCUACAACAGAAUCGCAUUCGAGUCCUAUGGAGGAGAUUGUCCAAGACAAGCGCGCAACGAGUCAUGAAACCGAGCAGUACCUCGUCUUUGCCGUUCAAGAUAAUGGCCUUGGCAUGAGUCAAGAGGACGCCGAAGCCAUCUUUAGACGCUUCACACAAAGCGGACCCAAGACGCACAACAAGUACGGCGGUACAGGCAUUUCCCUCUUCAUCUGUCGUCGUUUGGCUGAGUUGCAAGGCGGUCAAAUACGGAGCGAACCACCACCAUCAGGUGCUCCUGGUACACGCUUCGUGUUUUACGUGCGAGCACCUCCGUGUGGCGAGGGACAAGCAACCACCACAACACCCAUGGAAGUCCUUAGCGACGACUACUUUGCACACUUCACGCGUCCCUCAGCACUCGAGCACAGUCCGUCAGAAGUCCUCAUUCCACCACCAGAAGCGCCCACGCCUGCCUACUCCAUGUCAGCCAUUCCUAGAUCAGAGCCUCAAAAGGCGACUGACCCGGUUCAGCAACAUUUUGAUCGCAUUCGGGCAUUGAUUGUUGAGGAUAAUAUUCUCAAUCAGCGCUUACUACAGAAGCAACUACAAAAAGCUGGCUAUGAUGUUGAAGUGGCCAAUAAUGGACUUGAAUGUCUCACCAAAGUCAGAGAGGAGCCGUCAUUCGAUGUUAUCCUGCUUGAUCGAGAGAUGCCUGUUUGCGACGGUCUCGCUUGUCUCUUGCAACUACGAGAACUUGAGAAGCAAGGCAUUGUUGUGUCCAAGGAACGCAAGGCUUCCACUCAAUCACAAGCAAGUAGUCAUGUUCCCAUAUUUGACAGGGCGACCCUUGAAGAUCAAGAGUACCCUGAUCCGGAAGGCUAUCUCGAUUCGAGGUCCAAACCCACAGUCACCGCCGAAUCGUCCUCCAUCUCGCCAAGCAUGACACCAGACGCCAGCGGCCAUGUUGCAACGCCCUCUGCUAAGCGGCGGCGAUCCUCACGGCCAAUCACAACCAACAAGAAGCAGCAUGUCGAUGAACCUGAAUAUGAAGGACCGCGCAACACCAAGCUCGCCGUCAUCACAAUCAGUGCGAAUGCGCGAUCCGAGCAAAUCGAGGAAAUGAUGAAUGCCGGAAGCGACGACUAUGUCACAAAACCAUUCCGCUUUCCCGACUUAGAUGCGAGAAUCAAGAAACUACUCACAACACUGGCAGACUGUUGAAGCUCAUGAAAUUCUAUUUUGACAUAGCGAAUGAUG